AUGGACCAGUCCGGAUGGUAUACGAAAAACGAGAUUGAUUUUAUUAUUACAGACAAAAAACGCAUAGUCACAGAUGUAACGAGCCUUAUAAAUAAAAAUAACAACAGGAAAUGGACCAAUAUAGAUGACGCUGAGGGAUAUCGAAAUACAAUAGAUAAAAAUCUGGAAGACCCUGAUUCAAUGAACAUCGAAGAUCUAAAUCGAAAUAUUGUGGAGUCAAUCAGCAUAGCCCAAAGUAAACACUGCUCGAAGCCUUCAGAAAAAGAAGAAAAACUGAAUUUAAAUACCAAACAGUUAAUGAAACCGAGGAGAAAAUUACUGAGGAAAUACCCACAAAACAAGGACGAGCUAAAACAACUAAAUAAGGAUAUAACAAAAGCUGCGAGGGCUAACAUUAUAAAAUUUAAUAAUAAAUGGAUCACUAAGGUCAUAGAAGAAAAUAAAAGCAUGAGGGUACUACGAAAUAAACUAAGCACAGGAAAGACCGAAAUAAUCAAAUUAGGAAAUGAAAGAGACUUCUAUACAAAUCUCUAUAGUAACGAACGCCAGAGAGAAAAACCGGAAAAUAUACCCCAUAUAUUAAAUCAGGGAUUAGAAGAAAUGCCACCGAUAAGCGAAGAAGAGGUCUCAAGGUCACUCUCAGAAAUGAAAAACAACAAAGCACCUUGCGAGGAUGGUGUUGUCGCAGAGGCUGUGAAACUAGGAGGAAAAAAGUUACUCAAAAUGAUAACUAAACUCUUUAAUAAAUGUCUUGACGAAGCAACAACCGCAGAGAUGUGGAACAAUGUCACCAUCAUUAUUAUAUUAUGCAUAAGAGAGGCAGCAUCACAGACUUGCAAACUAUAG